AGAGAGACAGACAGAGACAGAGAGAGAGAGGUUUGGGAUCGGGAAACGAAUGAUGGCGGCGGCGGGAGGGGCGAGCGGGCGAGGGGCGCGAGCCGAGAAGGUGCAGCGGAUCUUCGAGCGGUUCGAUGCUAAUGGGGACGGCGGGUUGAACCGGGAGGAGAUGGCGGCGUUGGUGGUCGCCGUCAAUCCCCGCGUUAAGUUUAGCGAUGAACAGAUCUCCGCCAUCCUCGACGAGGUCUUCCGCACCUACGCCGACUUCAUCGCCUCCCCCCACGUUGGGCUCACCCUCGCCGGCCUCCUCCGCACAUAUGAUGACGGCGCCGGCGACGUCGACCGCGACUUCGACGCCCUCGGCCUCCGCCUGUCCACCGAUGCCGGCGAGGGAGAUGACUCCGCCGCUGGUGCGGCGUCCUCCGACGCCGGCGUUGUCGCGGAGUCGUCGUCGUCCGCUGGCGCCACCGGCACCGGCAUUCUUGAUGACCGCUUGCUCGCCUCCGCUUCCGCUCCCAGGUCCCAGCCGCCCCGUGCUGCCGCCCCUCCGUGGGCCGUCUCCCCUAACAACGGCAUCAUCUUCGAAUCCUCCUGGUCCCUUCUGGACGACCUCGAGAUCCUCGUUAAGCGCCUACGUUCCAAGCAGCUCCAAAGGUCCGCCACCGCCGGCGCCGGCGUCGGUGACAAUAACAACAACAGCCACUUCGACUCUUUUUCCGAGGCUGGAUGGUCGCGGGAGAUCGGAGGACCCUCCGAUUCCUCCGAGAGGCGGGUGCCCUGGGACGAAACCAGCCGUGAUUACCUCUCGUUCGUUAAGGAGGUCGCCGUUCUCCGGGGACGCGCCGACGGCGCCCGGUCCAGGGAGGAGGCCUUCGACAAUCACAUGGUCCUCGGUCGGGGCCUCUACGAGCACCAGCUUUUCCGCGAAUCCCUCAUCAGCUUCCGCCGCUCCUGUGAGCUUCAGCCCACCGACGCCCGCUCUCAUUUCCGUACCGGCAACUCCCUCUAUGCCAUCGGCCGCCAUGCCGAAGCCAAAGAAGAGUUCCUACUCGCCCUUGAGGCCGCCGAGGCCGGAGGGGCCCAAUCCUCUGACAUCCUUCCCCAGAUCCACGUCAACCUUGGCAUUGCCAUGGAAGCAGAAGGCAUGAUCCUGGGCGCCUGCGAGCACUACCGAGAGGCUGCCAUCCUCUGUCCCACCCAUUUCAGGGCCCUGAAGCUCCUCGGGAGCGCACUGUUUGGCGUCGGGGAGUACCGUGCUGCCGAGAAGGCAUUGGAGGAGGCCAUUUUCUUGCGGCAGGACUAUGCUGAUGCGCACUGCGAUCUUGGCUCUACCCUUCAUGCCAUGGGGGAAGAUGAGCGGGCGAUUCAGGAGUUUCAGAAGGCCAUUGAUCUGAGGCCCGGGCAUGUGGACGCUCUGUACAACCUCGGUGGCCUGUUCAUGGAUGCCGGAAGGUUCCCAAGGGCAUCAGAGAUGUUCACCAGAGUUUUGAGUGUCCGGCCGAACCACUGGCGGGCACAAUUGAACAAGGCGGUGGCUUUACUGGGGGCCGGGGAGUCGGAUGAGGCCAAGCGGGCGCUAAAAGAAGCAUUCAAGAUGACACGAAGGGUUGAGGUGUACGAUGCAAUUGCACAUCUCAAGAUUCUGCAGAAGAAGAAGAAGCCCAAAAGGAACGGUACCGUAGGCGAGGGGGCUUACCUUGUCAUCGAGCCAUCCAAGUUCAAGAGGGCAGGGAAAAAGACUACAUUAAGGCAGGAUUUGGCUGUUGCAUUGGAUAUUAGGGCUUUUCAGAGGGUCGCAAGGCUUAGCCGCUGUGAUGUGGAUCUCUUGAAGAAGGAGAUGAAUGAGACUGAUGUUCCCAUAUCCUACUCGGGUGGUGGAGAACCUGAGAAAUCUAUCAGGAAGGCUGCACUGGAGGUGAUUCUUCGAAGGUUGCUUCGGUUCCUCAAACCCGAAACAUUUCAGGGGGCUGUGAAAGCUAUCAAUGAGAAGGUUCUUUCUGUAUUGGAUGCCACUGGAUCCGGUAGGGUGGACUUGGGAAUGUUCUUUGCCGUCCUUGCUCCCAUUUGCUCUGGUCCUACUGACAAACGCAAGAGAGCAGUUUUUGAUUCACUGAUAUGGAGACCUAACAAUGAAGGUGGGGUGAACAUCAGGAGGAGUGACGCGAUUACAUAUAUUAAGCUGCUGCGGGCUGUUUACAUCCCUUCUCAUGGAGUCAGUGAUAUGUUGGAGGUGCAUGGAGAAUCAGAUCCCUCGAUGGUAUCAUACGCAGAGUUUCUUGAGAUGUUCAAUGAUCCAGACUGGGGUUUUGGGAUCUUAGGAACGCUGGUUAAACUUGAAGCUGGUGACCGAAUACGACAUGGCCGGCACACCUGUUCGAUAUGCCAAUAUCCUGUAAUAGGAUCAAGAUUUACAGAGAUAAAGCUUCGUUUCAGCUUGUGUAACCGUUGCUACAGUGAAGGGAAGGUGCCGUCAGCUUUCAAGAAAGAAGAGUAUACAUUUAAAGAGUAUGGAAGUGAAUCUGAAGCCUUGAAAGAUAAGUGCACAUGCUUUACUUUGCAUUCUACGAGCUUGCAGGUUGAUACUUAAAAAGUUCUGUAUAAUCUCCACUCGGAGUUUCUCUCAUGUGCCUGCAUCUUUUGUAUUAAGUUGUGAACAUGUAUAAUUGGCAACUCCUGUUCUUGUAAAUUAAAUUUCUGUUAGGGUAGGUUGUUUGUUUUUCUUAUUUUUUCAGUGGAUAAUUGUAGUAAUUCAUUGUUUGCUAAUGUUCGACGGUAGUUCAUCAGGGCUAUUAUUGUUUGUA